AUGGCAACGGAGAGAGCCGGCGACCUGGGUUCCGGAAGCCGGAGAGCUAGAGCUUUGAAGCUACCGUGGUCAAAGGAUGCUGAGUCCAGAGCGCCUAGCCCUACCGGACUACGAGUAUCUGGUUUUAACAGUGUGUGUCAGGGAACUCACAUUCUCUUUCGGGAAUUCAGCUUCAUCCAAGCAACCCCUCACAACAGGGCAUCAUUCUUACGGGCCUUCUGGAGAUGCUUCCGAACUGUGGGCAAAAAUGGCGAUUUGCUGACCAUGAGAGAAUAUCACUGUUUGCUGCAACUGCUGUGCCCGGAUUUCCCCCUGGAGCUCACUCAGAAAGCAGCCAGGAUUGUGCUCAUGGAUGACGCCAUGGACUGCUUGAUGUCUUUUUCAGAUUUCCUUUUUGCCUUCCAGAUCCAGUUUUACUACUCAGAAUUCCUGGAGAGUGUGGCUGCCAUCUAUCAGGACCUGCUGGCAGGCAAGAACCCCAACACAGUGAUUGUGCCAACAUCAUCCAGUGGGCAACACCGCCAGCGACCUACCUUGGGCGAGGCUAGUAUGUUGGAGGGAGUGGAGGCAUCACUGUUCUACCAGUGCCUGGAGAACUUGUGUGACCGGCACAAGUACAGCUGUCCACCCCCAGCACUUGUCAAAGAGGUAUUAAGCAACGUUCAGAGACUGACCUUCUAUGGAUUCCUUGUGGCUCUUUCAAAGCAUCAUGGAAUCAACCAAGCCCUGGGAGCUUUGCCUGACAAAGGAGACCUAAUGCACGACCCAGCCAUGGAUGAGGAGCUGGAACGACUGCUUGUCCAGAUCCCAGGCCUGGUCAACUCGGCCACUGCCAAUCCAGAGGCCAGCUGCCUGCCUUCCCGAACCCCUCCCCGGGUUGGCUCCCCCUGGAGACCCCUCCAUCAUGCCCGCAAGAUGGAUGCAGAGAGCGAUGGCUCCACUGAAGAGACGGACGAGUCCGAGACUUGAGUCUGAAGGGUCCUGUCCACAACGCCUGUAUCCAGCUCCCACCUACCUAGCCCUUGGGACUCCCAGCCAUCCUCCUCUCCCACUCCUGUGCCAUGCUGCCCUCUGCUGGUGAAAAGCUUGAAUAACAACAGCCUAAGCCCAAAGACCAGCCAGAGGGGUUCUGGUAUCAGCCAAGCCAAGCAGUGACCCUGAAAAGUAACAGCCUACUCUCCUUGGCCCUGUCAGCCUCUGUGCUUUAGGCAGGCCCCAAGCUGACAGCAGACUGAGCUGAAGCCACCAGGAGGUGACUUGGCUUUAGUCUUUUGCUGACAGUCCCCGCAUAAAGGUGGUCUCCUCACAGCAACUCCAGGAAGGGGAGAGACCAUGAAUAACCAUGCAGGGCCUUGCAUGGUCAAGGGCAACACCAGUGAUGCAAGUAUGGGGUGGACAUAAACAUGGUGGCCUUCUGCUGGAGGAAGAGCCACUACCAUGAUACGAUGAAGGGUAGGCAAGAAGACAAUUCCACUUUCAAAAACUGCUU